GUCUGGAAGUUGAUUGUUCACCAUGGCAUCUCGUGCUGGUCCACGUGCAGCAGGAACAGAUGGCAGUGACUUCCACCAUAGAGAGAAAGUAGCUUCACACUAUCAGAUGAGAUUCUUCCAUAAAACCACCAUCAGUCUCGUCUGCCAAUCCACAGUCAUGUUACUGCCAAAACAAUGGAACCUGUGAGAAUGAAAUCUGUGUAUGUCCAGAUGAAUGGAAAGGAGACCAUUGCGAGAUUGCCAAUUUCUGUGAAGGAAGUGUGUACAAUUCUUCUCAGGGACUGUUUACGUUCAGUGAAAUUUUAGUGGGACACUAUGGUUAUUCUAAAGAAGAAUGUGAGCCAUACACAUUAACUGCAAAUAUUUCAAAAGCAUCACGCCUAUGCACUGAGAAGGAUGGAAUCAUCAGUCUACAAAAUGACACAUUAACAGACUGCAAUGAAAAUUUUAAGAACCUUAGAGACAAGAUAAUGAAACACACCAAUAUUACUGAAGAAGAACUGGUGAAAAUUGCAACCGCUGUUCAGAUCCUGACCUCAGAACCACAUGAACUAACUUCAGAGAACAUCAGCUUUGCUGCUCAAAUAGUGCACCACGUUUUGAAUCAGUCGGACAUAUUGGACUCAUUUGAGGCUGCUUCCUUGGCAAUUACUACAAUCAGUCAACUCCUCAAUGUUAAUGAAACAGCAUUUGAUCCCACAAAUAAAGAGAUCUUUAACAUUACCCAAAGUGUGACAGAAAUUUUGGGAGCUGUCCUUACAGAUUUAGAAAUUAAUUUCAGCCAGGUGGUCCAGCCCAACCUUGCAGCUUCAUCCAUUACUUUAGAGAAUGGCACGACACGUGGAAUUAUGCUUUCUGUAUUAAAAGGAUGUGAUGACACCUUAGUCUCAAAACGAAUUGAACUGAACACCAAUGCUGCAAAGUUCUUACUAAAUACAAAUGCAGAAGUUCAAAUAUUUGUCAAUGUUUCCACAAAUAGCACUCAAGAUGGAAAAUUGGGAAUUAUCCUGUAUCAAAACGACAAGUUCUUUCAGUCCAAAGUCCACCAUAGUAUAAACAACCAGAGUCGUCGUGUUAUUUCUGGAAAUAUUGCGGAAGGAGUUCUGAAUGGUGUUGAACUACUUUUUAACCCAAAGUACAAUUCUACAGAGUAUUUCAUUCAUGAUCAUGCCUGUGUGUUUUGGGACUAUACUGUGGAUGAUUGGAAUACAGCAGGCUGUUCAAAGAGCACAGAUGAGUUUGGGUAUUUGAGAUGUCAGUGCAAUCACACCACUAAUUUUGCAGUGCUGAUGAGCUUCAGACGGAAUUACACUUACACUGAACCAUUAAACAUUGUGUCAUAUGUUGGAUGUGGGUUUUCAAUAGCUGGGUUAACCAUCACUAUUGCAUUUCAAAUUAUCACCAGGCAAGCACGCAAGACCUCGCUUACCUGGGUAACUGUGAGUCUUUGCACAUCAAUGUUCAUGGUUAAUUUGAUCUUCAUCUCUGGGAUAAACAACCCCAAUGCUCUGAAUGAAAAAAGUGAUGCGAACAAUACAGAAAACGUCAUUCUACCUUCUGACCGAUCCAGCCCACCAGAGGUUUACUCAUGCACUGCUGCUGCUGCCAUCCUUCAUUAUUUUCUAAUGGCUACAUUUACUUGGUCAGCACUGUAUGGUGCACAGAUGUACGUUCUUCUGGUUCACGUGUUCAAACCACUACCACGGCAUUUCUUAAUAUGGAUUUCAGUGGUUGGAUGGGGUCUUCCAGCAGUUAUAGUUAUAAUAACAUUAGCAACUACCUAUAAGACUGAUAACGCACUGAAUUAUCGGCGAGAGGAAUUCUGUUGGCUUUCUGGUUUCAAUCUACAUGGGAAUCUGGAUCUGUCAAAGCCAAUGCUUUGGGGAUUUCUUGUUCCAGUUGGGAUAUUACUGCUAUUUAAUUUUGUCAUGUUUACUUUAGUGACAAUGUUGGUGCUGUUCAGCAAAGACCAUGGUACUUGCAGUGCAAAACAGGCAACCUCAGCAAAGAAAAUGAUGGGAUCCUUAUCAGUCGCCGUUGUGUUAUGUUUAACAUGGAGUCUAGGUUAUUUGAUGCUUAUAGCAAAUGAUGAAACACAAACUGUCUUUAGCUAUAUCUUCUGCGUUCUUAAUGCUACUCAGGGUCUACAGAUUUUCAUUCUGUUCACUGCUCGUCGAAAAACAUUUCAAAAGAUCUAUGCUGCCUGGGAUUCCAGAUUUGCUAAGAACAUCAGUACAGUCCAUUCUAAAAGAUUCUCACUUCAAAGUUUAAGCACUACAGAGAGUAGAGAACGGUACACACAAUAUGACACAGUGAACUUCUUGGAAACCUCAAGUUCCAUACCUUCCAUUCUAUAUUAGAACACAGGGCCAUAAAAUUUUGAGAUUGGGUACAUUUUCUACCAGAUUUUCUUCAUUAUUCCUUCCUAAAGUGCUGCUCAAACCUCCCUGAUACUUUUAUUACCCAGGAUGAUGGCUGCGAUAAUGGGAAAGUACAUUGUGUAUUCCUAGCAAAAUUCAACAAUAAUAUCCCGUCAAUACCAGGUGAACUCAUUGUUGGAGGAAAUGUUGCAUACGUUAGCUUCCAAUUAAUUUCAAGUUGAAACAUUGCAUUACUGUAGGCCAGCAUUCUAUUUGGUAUUUUUGGCAUAAUAACUGCAUGUAUGAUUGUUAAAUUUGAAGCUCCUGAAAUACUGGAAUUAGAAUAAAUUACCAUGCUACUGGGUAUGGAUCCAUUGUU